CCUCAACGGUGCCCUACCUUCCUACACAGCCAGGUCUUUGACGCACUACCAUUCUUUAAACAAGUCUUGUUCUGUCACUAUUCCAUUGCGCAAUGAAUGAGACAGUCAGAAAUCUCCAUCACGACCUUGUGCGCAAGUUCGAGCGCCAUGGCUCCCGAAUCGAGCAGAUGUGGCGUUCUCUCGGUCAGGAAGAACGAGAGAAAAUCCUUAGAGACGCGUCUAUAGACCGCUCUGUCCUGAAAGAUCCGCAUGAUACAAGCCUAGGUAAUGUCUGCAGGGUGAUACCAGAGUGGAAUCUACGCGAUCUCACUCCACCCUCGUCCGACAUCCUUCUCGACAUUCUCAAAUACAGAGCGACUACCCCUCUAACGGAGCAGUACAUCAGCGGUGUCAACGGGGCCCCUGGAGACUAUGAGAACAUAGUUGAUUCGAUGCAAAGGAAUGGUUUUCGGCUUUCAGACGCUUCUACCUACAAGGAUUGCUAUACUCUGUUCCUGGACGACGAGCAAUACGGCCAAUCGUACAAAAUCACACCAGGCAACAAAGAUGACGUUCUUACGAACAUGAAGCCAGCCAUCGAAGCAGGGCUUAUCAUUCCUCAAGACAUCGGCGAGUUGGUUCUUAUGAGGCAAAACUAUCUCUUGCAGCUCCUGAACAUCAUUGUCGAGGACAUCUUUGACACAGCAUCUACUACUCGUUCCAAGACGACGCGUCCGACCAGGACCUCUGAUGUUGCGACUGCAGCGCUGGCAACACUGUCAUUCCAUUCACCACCCAAGAAGCUUGGGAUCCCCGACCUGGUUGACAGCUCCCAGGAACAGAAGUCCUCCUGGGAGGAUUAUAUCAAUCUGAUCUCUACCGAGCCCACAGUCCUUUCUCACGAGGUUAAUCUGUGGUUUUUCACACGACCCGAGCUUGUGGGUGAUGAGAAGGGGCGGUCCAUGCCGGUGCAUACCGACAGGUAUAUCAGUGGGGCUGUGCUCGACGCUGUUCAUGGCGUUGUGAAGGCAACUGCCACUUGGAAUUACAUAUCACAGCUUCUAGCUCUUCUGGACAGCUCCCCUGACAGGCGAUUUCGAGUCAUGGUCCUGCAAGAACUAUCCAACACAUGUUACCUAGAACUUACGCGCGCCCAAGUAUUGUUUACACGGAGUGUGUCCGUAUUUUCGGGCGGCAACAGGUGGUUCGAGCGCAAGUCCACGGUGCGAAAAGAUGGUAUCGUGCGUGUCUCCAUGAAACGCAACCCGGAGUCUCUGAUGCUAGAGAACCCGCAACUUUAUUACAUGCUCCGACUGUGCCAAGAGGGCUUGGACUGGUCCGGCUCCGUUCAGUGGCUUCAAAAGCUGGAGGACUUUCAUCGAGCGCAUCCCCUGGAAAAAGACAAGAUGGCCGAGCGAGAGUUCAGCUCACUAGGUGACCUCGCCGUUAUUGUCACCUUUCUCCAAUCCCUAUCCCAAGUGGAGCAACUGCCUGCGGCUAACAAAAAACAAAAGCACUCCUUCUUGCUUAAAGUCUCGGAUCUGGAAACCACAAUCGGACAGCUCAAAGAAGAACUAGACCUUGAUGACUUUGUCAUCCCGAUGGGUAACUUGCUGGAGCCAGGCAUGGCUAGUGGCGCCCUUGUCUCACUCGAUCAUCACGUUCAUGAGAAGAUGGGCACAAAGCUUGGCUUCCUGUAUGAGCAGCUUGUCGAUGACAGUGUUGCAAAUUUACACAAGCGGUAUCACGAGUCAAAAGUGAAAGCGAGCAAUACCAAGACGGGGUACUUAGUUCCAACCAUCCCAGAAGCGUCUGAGUCGUCCAUUCACCGGCGCAGAGAGAAAGAGAAGACUCGGCCAGCACACUCAUUCGCCUACGCUAUCGUACCCGAAGCUGCCGGUUUUCCCUCCUCGAGUGCACGGCCCGCACCGCCGCAGCCAAGAUUCAAGGUUAAGGCGACCACCUUCAAUGUCUUCUCGUUGCUGCUCUCAAGAUCAUCGGCGGCUCGCGGAUCGAUCAGUUGGGACGCGUUCGUAGCCGCUAUGACGGAUGUGGGCUUCUCGGUGACCCCCAAGGUCGGCUCCAUCUACACGUUUGUCCCUCCAGAGAACAUGGUUGUUCGAAGAAAUUGUACAUUGCAUCGACCUCACAAGUCUUGCAUUGAAGGUGUGGUUUUGCUCAUCUACUCCUGUCGACUAAAACGUGUUUACGAAUGGGACGAAUCGACGUUCAUUUUGGUAUGACGUAAAUAGUGAAUGUGCAGGGCAACUUCCAUGUACGUCUCGAGGGCAAAUAUUCAGGGUCUGGUCCAUCUCUACUAAUUACGUUGUUGGUGUUGCGAAA